AUGGCUAUACGGACUAGAGACGGGGUUCUAGGGAUGAGUCACUUCAAGUUGCUGAAACGGUUAGGUUGUGGUGAUAUAGGGAGUGUUUAUCUAGCUGAGUUAACUGGGACUCGGUGUCAUUUCGCUGUGAAAGAUAGAAAGAAGUUGAAUCGAGCUCAGACUGAGAGGGAGAUUCUGCAGCUGUUGGAUCAUCCGUUUUUGCCGACGUUGUAUACUCAUUUUGAGACGGAUAGGUUCUCUUGUUUGGUUAUGGAGUACUGCCCUGGUGGUGAUCUGCAUACUUUGAGGCAACGUCAGCCUGGUAAACAUUUCUCAGAGUAUGCUGCUCGAUUUUACGCUGCAGAGGUGUUGCUAGCACUCAAGUAUCUCCAUAUGCUAGGUGUUGUUUACAGAGACUUGAAACCUGAGAAUGUUCUUGUUCGAGAUGAUGGUCAUAUAAUGCUUUCUGACUUGGAUCUCUCACUGAGAUGCACAGUUUCUCCAACACUGAUCAAAACAUUCGACUAUCAUUCAUCUAAACGUGGCGCCUUCUGCGUUCAACCCGCUUGCAUGGAGCCUACUACAUCAUGCUUCUCACCGCGCAGCAUCUUCUCAAACAAAAGCAAAAAGAACAAGACACGUAAAACGCAGACGGACGUCUUCAGAUCACACUCAGGUUCUCUCCCUGAGUCAGUAGCUGAACCUAACACAAGGUCUAUGUCCUUUGUUGGAACUCACGAGUACUUAGCUCCAGAGAUCAUUAAAGGAGAAGGACAUGGAAGCGCGUUGAAGUUUCCUGAGUCACCGGCGACUAGCUACGCAGGGAGGGACUUGGUUCAGGCUUUACUGGUGAAAGAUUCUAAGAACAGGUUAGGGACGAAGAGAGGAGAAACAGAGAUAAAGCAGCAUCUGUUCUUUGAAGGAGUGAAUUUGGCAUUGAUAAGGUGUGGUACUCCUCCUGAAGUACCGAGACAAAUGGAAAUUGAACCACCCCCAAAGUAUGGACCGAUUGAUCCUGUUGGGUUUGGUAGUAAUAGCAAGAGAAUGAUGGGACCACCACCACCAGUAUCAGCAUCAUCAGCAGGAGUAGGAGGAGAUACAAAAGCUGAUAUUUUAACCACGUCUCAAGGCUUCAAUGGUUUAAGAGUGGACAUAGUCCCUUAA